UCGGCGGAGCGUCGCCAUGCAGGAUCCAAAUGAAGAUACAGAAUGGAAUGACAUUUUAAGAGACUUCGGCGUUCUUCCUCCAAAAGAAGAACCAAAAGAUGAAAUUGAAGAAAUGGUCCUGCGUUUACAGGAAGAAGCAAUGGUAAAACCAUAUGAAAAGAUGACUCUUGCACAGUUGAAGGAAGCUGAAGAUGACUUUGAUGAGGAAGACAUGCAAGCUAUUGAAAUAUAUAGGGAAAAGCGGUUACAGGAAUGGAAAGCUCUUAAGAAAAAGCAAAAAUUUGGAGAAUUAAGAGAAAUUUCUGGAAAUCAGUAUGUAAAUGAAGUCACAAACGCAGCAAAGGAUGUGUGGGUUGUGAUUCACCUGUACAGAUCAAGCAUCCCAUUGUGUUUGUUGGUUAACCAGCAUCUUAGUCUCCUAGCAAGAAAGUUUCCAGAAACUAAGUUUGUUAAAGCCAUUGUGAAUAGCUGUAUUCAACACUACCACGACAAUUGUUUACCAACAAUCUUUGUUUAUAAAAAUGGUCAGAUAGAAGGCAAACUCAUUGGAAUUACAGAAUGUGGAGGGAUAAAUCUCAAGCUAGAAGAUUGUUUUAUCUGACCAAGUUCACUGGGUUAUAUAUUGCAGAACUUGAAUGGAAGCUAGCAGAAGUUGGAGCAGUGCAGACCGAUUUGGAAGAAAAUCCCAAAAAAAGCAUCGUAGAUAUGAUGGUGUCUUCAGUUAGAAACACCUCUAUUUAUGAGGACAGCAAUAGUUCCAACAGUGAUAAUGACACCAAAUAGAAGUAUUUGAUAAAUAUCAUGAAUGUA